AUGGGCGGAUCCGCUGAUCCCGAGGCGCCGUCGCCGUCGCCGUCUCCGGCGAAGCCAUCGCCCUCGUCGGCCGACGGGAAGCAGCUGAGGCGGUGCGUGCAGUCGAAGCUCUCGUGGGGGCUUGUCAAACCGGCCGGCGGCGGCCGCGAAGGUGGAGGAAAAGGAGGCGGCGCCGGUGAAGCAGGAAGAGCAGAUGCGGAUGCUGUUCCUCCCGUGCCUGCGGCUGAGGAGGAGGCGGCGACGAAAGUUAGAGAGGAGCCGGAGAAGGGGAAGAAGAAGAGAGAGCCGCGAAAAUCAGAGAACGGGAAGAAGCCCUCUUCAAACAAAGAGAAACAUGGGCAGGAUCCUGCUAGCAAGGAUGAAGUCAUUUUGGUUGAUGAAAGCCCUCAGAAAAAGCAAUGUAAAGGCAGAAAGCAAGAUGCAACACCGAAGGUGCCUAAUGCUAGCAGAAAGCGUUGCAAGACAUUGGAAUCUCCUGAUGGUCCUGGAAGCUGUCAGCAAUUGCAUAUCAGCCAGAUUGAAGCCGGCUCGCCUGUAGCAGCGCCAGUAAUAAUUGACAUUGAUUUGAUGAGUACGCCUUCUAAAGCAGGACAUGCUAAUCCAGUCAAUCAGGAUAUAUCACCGUUGAAAGUUGACCUAAGGUCAGAGGCGAAGAUGGCAGCAGAGGAAAUUCGAAGGUUAUCAUCUGGAAAGAAAAUGCACCCUUUCUUUGCUUCUCGGAAAAUGAACAAAUGUGCUAACCAAGAUCAAGAUGUUAUCAAUAUUGAAAAUGUGAACGGGCUUUGUGAUUCUGAGAGGGACCCACCAUUUUAUCCUAUUCAUGUUGUGUACCAAUCAGAGGCCAGUAUACCGAUCCACUGGAGUAAUUGGAUAAUCACUGAUCUGUCUUCCUUUGACGCUGAUACUGCCUCUCUUAAAAAAUCAAUGUCAUUCUUUGAGGGCUUGGUUAAACCACUGACAAUAGAAACUAAUUGCAAGAGGCAUUCUAAUCAAUUGGCAGAGCCGAUUCUUGCUGAGUGUACAACUUCAGGAAUGCCUUUUGCUAGUUUUACUGACAAGCAAAGUGAACACAGCUGUCCUUCAGAUGCGAUCAAUGUGGAGAACCAGAACUUGUUGAUGCCUGGUGCUAGUUGCCAAGCUUCUCUUCUUGAUCUGAAUGUAGAGCCAGAAGUUCCACAGAAUGGUUGUCAGCCUACCUAUUACCUAUGGACUGACAAGUACCGACCUGAAACUGCGGCCCAGGUAUGUGGAAAUAGUGAGCAUGUAAAGUUUCUCGCCGAAUGGCUCAAAGGUUGGGAUGAAAAAGGCCACAAGAUUGGAGCUGCUAAUGGGGACACUAAUGAUAGCUCAUAUCAAGAUGAAUCUGAUUCAGAUUAUUCAGAGAGUCCUUCUGAUUGUGAAAACACACUUCUAAUCACUGGACCAGUUGGGUGUGGAAAAUCGGCUGCAGUUUUUGCAUGUGCCAAGGAACAAGGCUUCAAUGUGAUAGAGGUAAAUACAUCUGACAUGAGAAAUGGGGCUUAUGUAAGGCAGAAGUUUGAGGAAGCAACUAAAUCACAUGGCCUUGAAAAAUGGUCACAGGAGGAGGUUAUCAAUCCACUAAGGGAUGAUUCCUUGGAUCCAGAUUCAGGAACUCCUGAUAGGACUGAAUACCAACAUUUGAUGUCCUGUGCUACAAGAGUAAUGAUUGACUGUGAUCAACCAAAAUCACCUGUAGGAUACUACUCAGGUUUGAAGGCCUGUGAUGAAGCUCCUAAACAAGUUGCUAACAAGACACUCAUACUAUUUGAGGAUGUGGAUACUGUCUUUGAUGAGGAUCGUGGGUUUAUUUCAACCAUACUUAAGAUGGCAAAGACUACAAAAUGGCCAAUCAUACUGACUAGCAACAGGAAGGAUCCGUCUUUGCCGAAUCUCUUGGAUCAACUUGUUUUAAAUUUCAAAUACCCAUCGACCUCAGAGCUACUUUCACAUGUUGGCAUGAUUUGUAAAUCUGAGGGAGUGAAUGUCACUGUUCCUCAGUUAAAGCAUGUGAUUGAUAUUUGUCUAGGUGACAUUAGGAGGACAGUGAUGCUUCUGCAGUUUUGGUACCAAGGAAGGCAUCAAUUCACAGAGAGGCCAAAGGAAUGUUUGUGUGGUCCUUUCUCACUUGAUUUAGACGCUGUACAUUCUACAGUACCAAAAAUGUUGCCAUGGGAGUUCCCUUGUAAAUUAUCUGAAACAUUAUGCAUGGAGGUAGACAAAACUAUCCUUUUGGCUGAAGAAAAGAAAAAACAGAAGGAAAUAUCAGAUCUUGAAGGCCUGCAGUUACAAGUAACAGCACCUUUGGUCAAGGGAAGAAGCGCAGCUAAAACAAGAAAGGCUAAGAAAUCCAAUUUGAAGCGUGCCCACUCGACUGAGCGUAAUGAUAUUUCACCUUGCAAGAAUGAACUUGAUGAUUUCCAUGAUCUUCCAGAUAUACCUCUUCCAUCUGAUAAACAAAUAAAAAGAAAUCGACAUUGUUCGCUGCUAUUAUCUGAGUCCGAUGAUGAUCCAGCUGAUGUAGGUACUGAAAAACAUGACAUAUUUACUGUUACUGAAGUUGGUUUCUUCCCACAACCUUCAGAGGUGCCUCCUAUACAUGGGCAAGGGAUUUCCGAUCAGUUCUGUUCUCCCGUUGAAUCACGAGAGACCUUUGAAAUUGCUGAUUCUCUCCAAAACCCACCUGAAAGCAACAUGUAUGGGUCCAUUUCACAAGUUUGUGAUACAUUUAUGUCACAGGGCGUGUCAUGUGUACCUGAGUCAUCCUUAAUUGUGGAUGGCACAUCUGCAUCCAUAAGUGGUGAUGAAUUUUUGUCAAGGGCAGUGUCUAAUGAUUUUUCUGCCUUUUAUGAUGGUACAUACACUACGUCCAGAAUGGUAUUAGAAGACACUGACUGUGUGAAGAAUCUAAUGGCUGAGCGACAGAAAGAUGUAGAAGACGUAGUUGGUGAGACAAGUGAGGCUUAUAUGGAAUCGUUUGGGAGGAAUGAACAGGCAAGCUGUUCAACUGCUGGGUUUCAAUUGAUGGAUGAAUGUAGUCGUGCUGAAAGCAUCUGGCUGCUCUCUGGCAAAAAAACUAAUGACUCUUGCAAGGUUGAACAAGUACAGGACACUUGGGACAGGCUACGAAGUUGCUGUCUUGAAUUUUCCAGUGACACUAAUCACAACAGAGCAGCUUCUGGAGCUUUGAAGCUUGCCUCAGAAGUGUCUGAUUUAAUAUCAGAAUCAGAUCUUAUGCUUUCCCGUUACUACCCUCUUACUAAGGAUAUGUUGGAUCCAUCUUCAACUCCUUGUGCCGAGCCAGAUGAUUCUUCUUGGUACAACAAUCAGUUUGAGAUGGGAUCUGUAUAUGCCCAGCAUGCUCUUUGCAUUUUCUCAAGGAAUUCCCAAAAACUAGAUGGUGGUUCUGUCGAUUUAUCACGAGAGUUGUUGUUUGCCAGUACCGCUGCCGUAUCCCUUGGUAAAAUUAUCUGUUCAGGAUUCAGGAAUGAUUGUGGAUCUACGAACAUUUCUCAUAUGAAAAAUCCAACUACCUGUAUUUCUAAAAGAAGGGAGCGGCAUGUUCAUCUUUGCGAAACCCUGUCUCCAGUAGUUCCUCCAAAGUUGUUGCAGUCAUUGAGAGGCCCUGCUUUUGUGGAUUAUUUGUCUUCAAUCAGCCAGAUCUCCCAAUUAGAAAACUUGCGACUCUCUGAAAAUAAAGUCAUAAACAAGCAAAGAAGGUCCCGUCAGUCAAGACAUUACUUGAGUUCUGGCGCACUUCCAUUUUCACCUGAGGAUGUUGUAUUAUUAGCAGAAAGCGGUUGUUUUGGUGGCAGACGCGAGAAGGUUGUAGAGCAGGCACCAGGCAGUACAUAA